UCGCAGAACGCGUUGGCAUACGCUCGUGCCAUUCGUCUCGGUCGGUGGGGUUUUUCCACUGACAUUUUCCAUGUGUAGGCCAGGAACAUUCUGGCUUCGCGUAGUCGUACAAUCAUCGGCGCACGACGACGACAAUCACUCGGCAAAAACCGCAGCAAGAACAACCUUCCGUUCAAUGAAUAGUUUACAGCGUUACAGUGCUUUCGUUGUCCGACCCGAUUGGAGGCUGUUUAAAUAGGUUAAAUGUUUAGUUGAAGAAAAGUUUGCGUAGUAUCCUCAUUACUUUACCACCAGCAUUGCAAACGGUACAAAUAGUAGCAAGUUUUUCUAUUCAGGCAUUGCGGGCUUUCCCGACAAAACCCCCAACGCUGCCGCCAUCCCGCACACCGUGCUUCGCCGGGGGAUUUUCGUUCUUCAGUGCUGUGUGUGUGUGUGUGUGUGUUUGUGUGGGUAGUGUCCUCCUUUGUGCGCAACGAACAGUAGAAACCAUACUGUGACUGGAAAGGUUUAUAAUUUGAAUACGACGCACAGGAACAGCUUCUCUCAUAGGAGAGCCCCAUUUCAUCAUGGCUCCUGCGAACUGGCUGUGGCUGGGAAAUGUCUUUUUCCUAUCCUUCCCGUUGGCGAUACUGGGAAUCGAUCUCAGCAGGCUUUACGGACAUCUGCCAGCUGUUUCGAAGCGUAAUGAGGCCUGCCAUCCAUACGAACCAUUUAAAUGUCCAGGCGAUGGAAACUGCAUCUCCAUACAGUACUUAUGCGACGGUGCCCCCGACUGCUCCGAUGGCUACGACGAAGAUAUGCGCCUCUGUACGGCGGCAAAGCGUCCACCAGUAGAAGAAACGGCAUCAUUCCUGCAGAGCCUGCUGGCAUCGCACGGUCCUAACUAUCUGGAAAAGUUGUUCGGCAGCAAAGCGCGCGAUGCACUGGCGCCGCUCGGUGGCGUAGAAAAGGUGGCCAUCGCUCUUAGUGAAUCGCAAACCAUCGAAGAUUUUGGAGCCGCACUGCAUCUGAUGAGGUCUGACCUCGAGCAUUUGCGGUCGGUGUUUAUGGCAGUGGAGAACGGCGAUCUCGGCAUGUUGAAGUCGAUCGGUAUCAAAGACUCGGAGCUGGGCGACGUAAAGUUUUUCCUGGAGAAACUCGUCAACACUGGCUUCCUAGACUGAGUAUCGUCCGAGCUGCCGUACAGCAGUAGCUUCUAUUAUUUUGUACCAUUAACACCGCAGAUUUAUUCUUACCUAGGCUCACCAGAAGGUUUCACCUACUAAGCUACUAUGUGUAAGCAACAGCCAUCCAGCAAAUUUAAUCCCAUUUAAAACUAUCUGGACAAUCGCUUUUCGGGCCUCCGUUCAAAGCAACCGUUCGGUGUACAUGAAGCAAGGGAGAUAUAUCAGGCGGCUACGUACAAGCAGUAGAGCCUACCGUAACGAUUGAGAAGGUUGGAAAAUGAGCACACAAACUAAUGCCGAUCGGUUUCGACCGGUCCUUACUUGCUAACCCAAGUGGGGUAAAGUUGAAAUCGAUUGAAAAAUCCUGACACAAAUCAUGGUCCACCGAUUCAAUCGUUAAGCCAAGCCUCUACUUACAGUGUUCGGUGCAUGUUGGCUUCAAUGAAGCAUAUUGUUGCAGAGCAAAGGGAAACCUGUAUACAAACGAACAAACGAACAAACAAACAACCAUAUCGUAGAAAGCAGUGUCACGAUGAGUUACUUCUUUAAGAGGAACCAAAAGGAAUGUUAUGCUUUCGCCGGUUGGCAACCAUCCAAGAAGGUUGUUACACAUGCCAGUAGCAAGUAGCGCGCACAACAGCCAAUCGGAAUCAACUCACGUCCAUUAGCUUAAGUUUAAAAAAGGCUUCGUUUUUCGUCUCCUUCUUGAGUUGAAUGAGCGGUUUUGAGUUUCUUAUCAUCGCGCGCAGUUCGAGAUGCUCGAAUGUGUCGAACGUGUCAUAAAGUGACAAAAACAGGGUCAGGCGGGGAAAGUCCUAAAACGAAGUGCAAUCGAUCAAAUCAAGUGAGGGUGAAGAAUACAGAACCAUACCAUACAUAUCAUUAUAUUUAUAAAGCCCGUGCAUGCUUAUACAGUAUACAUUAUACACGUAUACAGAAAUCCAAAUGGUCACAACAGUUUGUGUGUGUGUGGAGGAGUGUGCCAGAGUGUGCUAAUUAUCUUACCAUACCAGAAUGUUACGAAAACUGCGCUCAGCAAAUCAAACAUAUCAACAAAUGAGAAUGACACCGGUGGAGAGAUGUACCUUAUGUAUCACGUAAUACGCGAUGGACGGAGGGGUCAAUUUUGGAUGCUUACGCGUGCAUCGUAUUGUGAGGGGCGUAAGCCAACGGGGAAAAAAAAGCAGGGACAACCAGGGCAAGUACCGACAACAUAUUUGCAAAGAGACGAGCAACGUCGCGGAAGACAAUUCAUGGGCAAACUAAUAAUGUUACGAGCAAACCAGAAGACAUAUCAAUUUUUUAGAAACCUUACCAUCCAAAGAACGAGCACUACCGAGCUGUUUAUAGAGAACUGAUUUUUGGAGAAAUUGUAUAACCCGAUAAAUGUUACACCUCCCGCUCAAGCAGAGCAAACCCAUCACAGUUACGCGCAACUCAUUCACACGAGCAUAUUUACCGCAGUAGUCACAUCACAGCAUAAUAGCUCACACAAUUUACUCACCACACCACACCCAUCCCCAUCCAUUAGACCAUCGUGCAAAAACCAUCGACGAGAAUGAACACACCCCGCAAUGCAAACGGAUUAAAAUGUAUGUAAAACGUAACAAUCACAGAUUAUUAUCCAGCUGGACGCAGGUGGACACACUAGUGUACGUCACGCUGUGGAUUGAUAUACAAAACAAAUAAUCAGCAAACAAAGCACACACACACGCGCAACUGAACUUCGUGCUAGGGAUAAGCACCAGGAAAGGAACGAAAAUAUAUCUAUACCGGUAUCUUGUGUCAAAA